ACCAUCCUCAUUCUCAUCUUCACUCUUCAUCCUUCUCUACCUUCCUCUUCUUCCACUUUACUUCUCUUCUUUGCAUUUCCCUUUUUUUCUACUUUUUUCCUAAUCGCAUUAGCAUAUCUCUUCGUACUUUUUCUUCAUCCUUCUACCAUCUGCAGCUCAGCAUGCUAUUCAACUCAAUCACCUCGUUCCUUGUCCUGAGCGCUACUCUAGUAGCUGCUAUCCCAGCGCCAAUGUAUGCCCCCACUCCUCGAGAACUACCUAUGAUACAAAACUAACAGGUCCCAGCACGGAACGGGCUUCAGGAUGUGCCUCUGGCCUACGCUUCACGGGCCAAGCCGGAUGUUCCCGAUGCAAAACAGAGGGCAACGUCGUCUGCGGCAGAGACGAAGAUAGAACCACCGACCUCAAGUGCAAGCGCUUCUCCACGGGCCUAACCUGGGUCCCUAUCGAUAACCCUGGCGCGUGCGGUGUUGACUCCCCUCACCUCAAGACCCGACAAGAAUCCACCUCCUCCUGCCCAUCCGGAAAGCCCUUCACAGGCCAAGCCGGCUGCUCCACCUGUGCCACGGAAGGCAAUAUCGUCUGUGGCCGUGACGAGGGCGAUAUCGCAGACCUCAAGUGCACGCGCUUCUCCACCGGCUUGGUCUGGGUGCCCGUCAAGAACCCCGGAAAGUGCGGUGUCGAUGCUCCCAACCGCCCCGCCAACCCUCGCGCGACCCCCACAACUUGUCCCUCUGGGAAGCAGUUCACUUUCCAAGCUGGAUGCUCUAAAUGCGCCACUGUAGGUAACGAAGUUUGCGGUCGCGAUGAGGACAGAGUCACGGACCUCCGCUGCACGCGGAUUGGCAAUAGUAACGUCUGGGUCCCUAUCGAUAACCAGGGCGCCUGUGGUGUCAGUUCAGCCCCUGCCUCGAACAAUCGUCCCACCUGUGCUUCGGGAAAGCCUUUCACUGCACAGGCUGGUUGCUCCAGUUGCUCUACCCUUAAUAACAUUGUCUGUGGGCGCGAUGAGGAUAGGGUUACGGAUUUGAAGUGCAGUAGGUUCGGGUCUGGUUUGACUUGGAUUCCUGUCGAUAACCCGAAAAAGUGCGGUGUCUAGGUUAAGGUUAUGAGUUUUUUUCCUUUUUGUCUCUUUCUUUCUUUUCUUUUCUUUCUAGAUUUCAGCAUUGCAUGAUGGGUGGCGGUGGUGGUGGUGGUGGUAGCAUGGGUGAAGGUUGCAUUUGCAUUUCUUUGGCGCGCUUUACAUUUUUUUUUAUUUUUUAUUAUCCCACCGCAUUUUUCGCUUCUUCUCAAUCCUUCAUUAACCUUACUGAAUUUUUUUUCAUAUUUAUUUUUUCGGCAUUUGCAUAUUAUUACGGUCAUCAUCAUUAGGGUUGGGCAUGGGGGGCAUUCAUUACACCUGAUUAGUUUAGUUUUUAAGUUGGAAAAAAAAACAUCACGCUCGUU